AUGGCUCAAGAACUGUUCUUCGAAGUUCGUCGGCAGAAAUUGCACAUGUACCUCGACGCAGAGGAAGGCCAGACGGUGAUGGAUCUAAAAAGAAUGGUCGCCGGAAUCACUAGCGAUCCAGUUCAGAACAUGGAGUUGUGGAAGCUCGACGAGGACGGAAAAAAGAGCCAGGUUUUGCACGACACAGCUACUUUGGUCGAUUGUGGAUACUCAUCGACGAAUGCUAAAGCUCAAUCACCAGCCGCCCUAGGAUUGCGACUCGUCGGAGCCGAAGAGCAUCUUGAAAUCCACGAUGUCUCCACUCCACCACCGAUUCCAGAUACGAUGCGCGCAGAACCAGCUCCACAAGAUUAG